AUGAAAAAACAGAAGAGACGGAAAAAUGUAACCGAGGAAGAACGCACCAUGGACGAGUUGGACGAAUCGGACGAAUUGGGUUCCACGGGUGAGGGCGAAAAAACACAAACGAAUUACAAACGGAAGCGCAAAAAUUACCGGGAGCUGUACACUGAAUACAAUGAAGGGCGAAACAGCAAAAUCGAUUUCUCGUAUUACAUAAAUAUAGAAUCGACGAUCAUAGAGCUGCUUCUAGAUAAUAAUCUGGAAUCUUUUAAAAAUGCAGGGAAGCUGCUCUUUGUCGUUUUGUCGGGCAUGUCCCCCCGAGUGCUAUACUUAAAGAGAGUGCUAAACUUAGUAAACUUUUUCUUUUACAAAGGAGGAAUCAAAUUUUAUCACAGUGAUAUGCACCUGAAGAUACUCCUCUUCAUUUUUAAGCGAAUUAAAGCUAGAUAUAUGUUUCCCCGUCUGCGCAUUUUUAAUCUCCUAAUGUCCAAUAAUAACUUAAAGGAGCUUGAGAAGUACAAAUAUGUCUACACCCCAAAGGGAACCUUCUUCACCUUUAUCGACCAUCUGUAUUACCACAUAAAAGAUUUCAUGAUCACAGUGAGGAAAAUGCUAAUGCAAGACUGGGUUGAGAAAGUAGAAACCAAAGCGUUAGCAUCCGACAAGUCCAGGGAGAAGCUUCUAAAAAAACUAAAGGCAAGUGAAAAAAUCGUCAUAUAUAAAGAAACCGAUGAAGAAAUAUUAACACACUUCUCAAAAUUGUUCAAUAUGCAGUAUGCAAAAUCUCUGGAUAAAUCGCUGAAGCAAUUAAUACAGCAAUGCGUUAAGGUUAACUUCCCCCUGCACAGCAUUUACCUUGAUAUUUACAUUCUGUACAAUAUAAGGAACAUCGUGAAACUGCUGGUGGUGAUAGACCAAUUGUUCUGUUCCCUCUUUCCCUACUACUACUUUUACGAAUUGAAAUUGAAGCUUCUGCUUCUGCAUAUACAUAAGUGUCAAGCGGGGAUGGCUUGGCAGAAGGGAGCUGCGACAGUCGUGGGAGCUCCUCCCCUAGAUGACCCUAUAAAUGACGCCACCGCUAUCGCCACCUCGGACGUGACAGCACUGAAAAGCCAAGGGGAUGGACGCACUCUUCCGAACGUGGCCCCCCCAACGAAGAACGCUAUUAGAGCCAUUUCGCUGAUGAGAAGCCUCGGAGGUGGAAAAUCAGACGAGAACAGCACCCUCCUGUAUGACGAAUCAUCUGUGGGGAACAUAAAUUACCAGCUGGACAAAAAUGACCAGAGAGAACUACGAAAGUUGCUAAAACUGAGGAAAAGGCAGAAGGAAGAGGCCAAUGAAUAUCUAAACAGCCUGUACAGUAGUGACUCCAGCAAGAGUAACAACAGCGAUUUAAGUGAACCUACAAUGAAGCAAGACUUGCCACUGGAUCAACAGUACAAUGAAAAUGACGACGAUGAAAAGAAUCUAUACUUAGACGCUUUUAUGAAUUUAUACAUUAACUGCACAGAAGGAAUGGUUAAUAGUUUACCGUCUCUAAGCGAAUUACACGAUUUUCACCCCCUGAAGCAGCUGAAUCAGAAAAUUAGAAGUAAGCGGAUGGAGGGAGGAAACCUCAACAGUAUUGUCUCUCCCAUAUUGAAAGAGGCAAAGAUAAAUGAUAUCAACAGUGCAGACAUGAGCAUGGGAAUGAUGGAAGAUGCGAAACAUCUACUGGAGGAAAACGAGCUAGACAACGACUUUAAUAUAAAAGAGAAUGAACAAUUACCAGGGGAUGACCCUAUUACAACGAAAAAGGAAGAAGGCAAAAAGGGAAAACUAGCAAGCCUUCCUAACAUCGAAAAUAUUCAUAAGGACACAUAUAACGACAUAGCGUACAAUAUAAAUGUUGUUGCAAACGUCGCCAAAAGUUUAAUUUACUCAUCAAAUUAUGACCCCAUAUAUGUGAAGCUGUUUUACUUUUAUCUUUUACCUGUCAUUUCGUUUGAAAAAAGAGUUGACGUAUUUUUAACUUAUUCGUAUACAAGCUAUAAAAUUAUGAAGCCAUUAGUUUUUAUCCUAUUUUAUAAUAACCAUACGUCGAUGUAUAUUCUUAAUACGGUCAAGGAGGUUUUUAAACAGGAUAAGUUCCUUUUUCAGAGAUAUAAAAGCUCAUAUUUCAAUGGACUUUCCUUGAGAGACAUCCCGAAGAGCCAUUUUAUCUUUUUGCUGCUCCUCUCCGUUUUUUUUUACGACCACAAGGCGGAGUCUCUUCUCUACAUAUUCAAACUGUUUUGCAACUACGACCAUGACGUCAUCAGCGACCAGGAGCGCGACAUAAACUACAAGAAAAUACACGAAGACGUGGUGCUUGAAAAUGACCAAAAAUACACGGAGCAGAAGAAAGGCAUAAAUAUAAUAAUCAUAAAGUUUAUCGAAAUAUAUGAAGAGAAAUUUGGUACCCACCUUUGCGACUACUUUGAUUUCUACAGGAUAUUUUUUAUACUCUUUGCUUCAUGUGUUGACAUGGAGUGA